AUGGUAGCGGUUCAGGGCGGGCAGGACGAUUCCCCUGCCUCUCCUGGCGUCAAAAGACCACUCGUUACCCAGACGGCAGGUGGAGAUAUCGUAGUUGACACCAUCAUGGCAGACGACCAGCAGGCGGUUCCCGUAUCGAGCCACGGGCCAGACACGGUCGGAGCCUCGGUCGAUCACGGUUUAAACUCGUCAACGCCUGGCGGCGGCGACGGAGCGUCGACGCGUCAGACAGCGGUAUCACAACCCCGAUUACCUGAGGGGGUAAAGACGACUUCAUCCACGCCGGCCGUGGAGCACGUACCUCCUAAGGAGCUUUUUAAGGCUCUAAUUGAGUCGAUGAAAGCCUCACCAGGCCCAACCAACGUUGAUGUCUGGCGUCUGUCCAUCCAGGACCUAUUUACAGCGGAAUAUGUUCGGAUACCGGUAAGCGUCGACGCGUUACCGGCCGGACGCACAAGGUUUCCCAAGCUUAAGGGACCUGAGGCGGAUAGCUUGCUAGAUCUUUUUCGACGCUAUUAUGUGUCAGCUUCUGAAAGUUUCGCCGACUAA